AAGCAUUUGAGUUGACAUGUGGGACUGACUAGUUGCGUCACUCGUCUGGAGAACGUUGAUCCUUACGCGUGGCGGUGGAAGUGUAAUGUACAUUGUCGUCGGCUUGUCAAAUAUUGAAGGGAGGGUGUGUUCGUCAUUUACCUGGGCUAACAUUAUUGUUUCUUGAAACUACUUUACUAAAGAAGAGGACAUAGAUACAAUAAAGAAUAAUUUACAGCUGUAUUAACGCUGGCUACUAUUCUGGAGAAAGCAGAGUCCGGAUUAAAGGAUGCUAAGAAGGCUCUGAGUCGGGGCUCCAAGAUGAGUGUGACGUCAUGGUUCCUGGUCAGCAGCUCAGGCACAAGACACCGGUUGCCACCGGAGAUGAUCUUUGUGGGCCGGGAGGAGUGCGAACUCAUGCUGCAGUCGCGCAGUGUGGACAAGCAGCAUGCUGUCAUCAACUACGACCCAGCCACAGACGAACACAUGGUGAAGGACCUGGGCAGCCUGAACGGGACUUUUGUGAAUGAUCUGAGAAUCCCAGACCAGACUUAUAUCACCCUGAAGCUCGCUGAUGUCAUCCGCUUUGGAUAUGAUUCUCAUGUGUACAUCCUGGAGAGGAGUCAACACAAGGUGCCAGAGGAGGCUCUCAAACAUGAGAAGUACACCAGCCAGCUGCAGAUGAGUAUGAAGGCCCUGGAAGCCAGGAAGAGGGAGAAAGAGAGGCAGCAUGCUGAAGAGAGAACCAGAGACUCAUUUCGCUCCAAACAGGAGAAAGCCGAGGGUAAAGCUGCCCUCGCAGCAGUGGCCAGCGAGGCUCCAGUGUCCAGACCCACUCCUCUGUAUGGGCAGCCGUCGUGGUGGGGGGAGGAUGAUGCUGAACACGGUGAAGGACAGCAGCCAGACGAGGACCCUGCAGAGAAUACUAACGAGAGCUACAGACAGGAGGUCAACGGCUCCCUGUCAGACAGCCAGGCCAGGCCCAUCUACUCGCACCACAGGGAGCCCAGCUACUUUGAGAUUCCCACCAAGGAGUUCCAGCAGCGGGAGCUCCAGGAGGUUCCCACUAAGGACACUGACCCCCCUGCUGUCCCUGUUCUCCCCCCAGCCCCCACCCCCACACCCCCUGUGGUGCAGAGCCACGCCUCCUUCACCAUCGAGUUUGAUGAAUGCAUGCCGGGUAAAAUCAAGAUCAAAGACCAUGUGACCAAGUUCUCCUUCCGCCAGCAACGCAAGCUCCUGAGUAAGGAGGCGGUCACCGCACCCACGGAGGUGAUGUCAGCAGAGAGCAAGGUGGCUGAUUGGCUGGACCAAAGCGAUGUGCGCUUGAUGCAGAGGUGGUCUCAGACAGAGGACAUUUUCAGCACCAACAGUGACCUGCCCAUCUACAACAAGGCUUCUACAGGCCAUCACCAUGAGGAUGGGACUCGGGGCAACUCUGAGGAUUCUGUUGUGAACGGGAAGCAGAUUAUCCAGUCCAAGCCCCCUAGACCCUUCACACCCCCUGACUCAGAGGACCUUCUGUCCAGCUCCCCUCCAGAGACUCACUCCCCUCCUCAGAGCCAGGGCAAAGAAGACCCCCAGCAGGCCUUCGUCAUCGAGUUCUUUGAUGACAAUCCACGCAAGAAGCGUUCACAGACCUUCACCAACAACACAGUCCAGCCCGACAGCCCGGCCCUUAGGAACAAGCUGGAGAAGAAGUUGAGCCCCAGCUCCCCCACCCAGCAGUAUACCAUACCCCUGAAGGGCCCGGGCUCUGGAGGCCCCCAGAGGGCCGGCUCCCUGAGGCGGGAGAAGACAGAGGAUCGGAUCAAUACUAGCUUCUCUUCCCAAUCCUCCUCCAUACAGCCCAGGCCCUUUAGAAGUGUGGGCCGGAGGUCUAAACUGGCCCAGGACUUCACUGCUGAGUUUCUGAGGGAGUCCAGACAGAAGACUAGACCGAGCAUGAACACAACCUGGGAGAGGAAGACUUCACCUGUGUCUCCUACCAUCAGCCCACCACCAACAGAAAUGGCAGCAGUGCCCAACUCCCACCAUACCCCACCAAGCCCCCCUCAGCCUCCUGUCCCAUAUCUGACUCAGACCUCCACCGUCAACCAGCCUGUGUCCCUGAAAGCCCCUCUAAUAUCCCUGGUCAACCACACCCUGGAGUCCGCACGGAGCCUGGAGGCCGCACGGAGCCUGGAGGCCGCACGGAGCCUGGAGGCCGCACGGAGCCUGGAGGCCGCACGGAGCCUGGAGGCCGCACAGAGCCUGGAGGCCGCACGGAUCCUGGAGGUUAGAAGGCCCAGAAGCUUGGGGAAUGAGGAGGACGAUGCCUUGAGUGAAGCAGGCACCUACACCAUCGAGACAGAGGUCCAGGAUGAAGAGGUGGUGGAGGCACGCAGCAAGAUAGACCAGGUGUUUGGGGUUGUUGAGGGGCCAGAGCAGCCCAGCCACGCUGCAGCUGCAGCAUAUAAGCCUGUUAAGGCUCAGGACAGGGAGGAGCGUAGGGAGAGUAACUCUGUGGAUCUAAGGCCAGCUCCAGGGCAGGGACAGAAUCAGCUGCAGGUGUCUGGUGGUUCUAAGUGGGUGUCUCGCUGGGCCAGCCUGGCAGACAGCUACACAGACUCUGGCCCCUCCUCAGGCCUCUUCGACAUCCCCUCACAGAUUGAGCUGUCAGGAGUAGUUGGUGGGAGGACCGGCUAUCAGGCGAUGCUCAGUCGCAACGUCAAAAGUGUGGAAUCAGAAGGCCAGAGUUCCAGAACACGGCGGAUUCUGCCUCAGGCACCGUUGGUGGAGAAGAAUGAGACUCCAACUCCCAGCAUUCUUGUCCAUCAGGACACUUACUCUACCUAUGAUGUCAGAGAGAAGAGCUCCAGAGCCCUCUGUCCACAGGAGGGACUCCACAACCUGUCUGUACAGGAUGACCUAGACCCAGACAGCCUGAGUGAUGCCAGUAAGUCAGACGACGGCUCCAUCGUAGAACAGAGGACGACGCCCACACCAGAUAUGACAGACAAGAGUUCAUCUCCGAGCAGAGAAGAGGAGAGGCCCAGACUCACACCCAAGUCUACAUCAUUCUACAUUGACUCUGAGGAGCGGGGAUCCAGACCCAAUACGCCCAGGACUGAGAGAAAACUACCACCUCCUCCUAAUACACCACAGUUCUCCACAGCCACCCUGACCAAACAACGGGGUGGACAGGACUCACAGAAGACUGUGAAGCCCAACUCAUCAGCUCCCAAGCUGGACUACCAGGGUAGAGUCAGCCCUCAGCCCAAGGAGAUCUCAGUGUCUCUGGUCAGGCAGGAGAGCUUCACUAAGGACCAGCCAAGUGAUGCUGCACAGGUCACCAGACUCCCCCACAUCUCCAGCCAGCCUGUUCAGAAUGACCCAGACCCUGCUGAGGUGUUCCAGGGUAUCUGCAGCCAGGACACCCACUCCUACCUCAAGGAGACUGAGGACGCUCUGGCUGCCCUGGAGGCCAAGCUCCAGGCCCAGACUGAUGUAGUUCCCUGCCCCAUAGAUGACACACUGUCUGGGGAGUCUGACAUGGACUCAGCCAGCACUGCCAGCCAGCGCAGCAAUCAGACUACACCCAAGACCAGAUCUAAGAAGCCCUCUAUCACCUGUGGCCUUCAGAGGGAGAGGUCCUCUGCCAGCUCCUUCACCCAGGAGCCCAGUCGCCAGCCGUCAGCCCAUAAUCGCCUGUCAGAAAAGCAGCGAUCUCAGGGAGAUGAUAGCAGAGAUAGUAAGCCUGAAUCAGGCAGGAGGCUAGGGAUGAGACGCAGUGUGAGCAAACAUGGCUCCAUGGACCUUAGCGAUGACCCCCAGGGCUCCAGCUUACCCUACUGGCCUGAUACCAUUUCCUCAGACCAGGAGGGCUACCGGCCCACUGCACGCAAGAGGUACACCACCCCCCUGCAGAAGGAGGAGUCUUCUAAGUCUUCCAAAGUGUCCCAGGCCCUGAGCCGCUCCAACAGCAUGUAUGCCCCAAGGCCUACUAGAGCCUCCAUGCUUCGUCGGGCUCGCCUGGGCGAGGCGUCCGACAACGAGGGCACAGAGACGGACAGGAUCUCCCAGGAGGCCAGUGGGACCACCAAGGCCUCCCAGGACAGUAAGAAGCAGCUCUCCAGGCUGGACAUGCUGGCUCUGCCCCGGAAGAGGACCAGCUCCUUCACCACUCCCAGUGAUACGGAGUCCUCCGCACCCAGGACAGGCUUCUCCAACCACAGCACAGAGUCCAACAGCGGCUCUGGGCGUAAGGCCUCCGUCGCCAGACCCAGCACAGAGUCCUCCGCACCCAGGACAGGCUUCUCCAACCACAGCACAGAGUCCAACAGCGGCUCUGGGCGUAAGGCCUCCGUCGCCAGACCCAGCUCUAAGCCUGUGCUAGGCAGGGCCUCUGGAGCUCCCUGCAAGCCCAUCACCCGCGGCCGCUCCAGCAGCGCCAAAUACACCAGCAGCACAGCCAGCUCCAGACGACGGCAGAAAGGCUCUGACUAUACCUCCACCUCGGAGGAGGAGUAUGACUCUGGUAACCAGAUCACCCCUAAACACAAACGCUCCCAGACCCCCUCAGCCUCCCGCUCCCAGCCCCUCAUCCCCCCGCGCCCCAAAGCCCGCUCAAGAGACUCGGACCAGGAGAGUCACGAGGGAGACGCCUACCAGAACUGGUCCUCCCACAGUGCUGAGAUAGCAAAACUGAGUCAGGACCUGGCUAAAGAUCUGGCCAUUCUGGCCAGGGAGAUCCAUGACGUGGCUGGUGAUACUGAUCCUCAGAGCUCUUCUGGAGUGGAGGCCAACACACCUGCCUCUACCAUGACCACCCAGGACGAGUUGGUCCAUCCUAUUCCUGAGGCUGGUGUGAACUACCAGAGAGCUCCCCUUGGUUCACCUGCUGCCGGGGACCCCGACCAGACCAUGAUGAAUGAGCAGGAACACAACUCUAAGCACAGAGGAUGGAACCAGGAAGAGGUUGUUGUUGAUGACCGUAUGCUGAAUCCAGUGUCCCAGAUCUCUCUGGCUAUUCGAGAAAACACAGAGCAACUAGCUGAGAAAAUAAAGGUACUAUUCCACAACAAACAGGACAUUUGGGAGGAGAUUGAAGCAAAGAUCAAUGCUGAAAAUGACAUCCCUGUCCUGAAAGGCUCAAACAAGGAAAUCACAUCUAUUCUCAAAGAGCUCAGAAGAGUUCAGAGACAACUUGAAGUAAUCAACACCAUCAUUGAACCCAGUGGGAACCUUGAGCCAGCCAAAACCUCCACUCCUAUCUCCCCCUCCUCAGCCAGUGUAAGGCCAUCCAGGGCCCCUUCGAGAGACUGGAGAUCAUUAGGUUCCCAGCGGGGUGAGGGUGGGGUCUCCUCUUCCAGCUCCAGGUCCAGUGAGAGUGUCAGGAGAUCAGCUAUGGCCUCAGAGGCAGAGAGCUAUGUGGUCUGAGGUUCUGGAACACAGUGCCUCCUCUUCACUGCUGCGCCACAAUCCCAGGUGUUGAGAGAGUGGAUUUGAGAGGGGGAAAUGGGUACUGCUAGAGACAACUGUGGCCCCACUGCACGAUGACACUACUGCACUGUGUGUACACUACUAGAGAACUGAAAUGCGUAUUGAACUGCCAUGGUGUGAGAAGGAGAUUGUAGAAGACACACUAAAUUCAUGCAUUGGUUAGUUCAGCUGAGGGAAAACCCCUUUAAGGCAAGGCCAUUAUUGUGCCAUAUACAGUGCAUUUGUAAAGUAUUCAGACCCCUUGACUUUUUCCACAUUUUCUUACCUUCCAGCCUUAUUCUACAAUGUAUUACAUAGUUUUUCCCCCUCAUAAAUUUACACACAAUACCUCAUAAUCACAAAGCAAAAACAGGGUUUUAGACAUUUUUGCAAAUGUAUUAAAAAUGAAGAACGGAAAUAUCAUAUUUACAUAAAUAUUCAGACCCUUUACUCAGUACUUUGUUGAAGCACCUAGAGAUUACAGCCUAGAGUUUUCUUGGGUAUGACGCUACAAUCUUGGCACAAUUGUAUUGUUCAUCAUUCCCUCAAUCUGGACUUGUCUCCCAGUCCCUGCUGCUGAAAAACAUCCACACAGCAUGAUGCUGCCACCACCAUGAUUCACCGUAGGGAUGGUGCCAGGCUUCCUCCAGACGUGACGCUUUGCAUUCAGGCCAAAGAGUUAAAUCUUGGUUUCAUCAGACCAGAGAAUCUUGUUUCUCAUGGCCUGAGAUUCUUUAGGUGCCUUUUCGCUAACUCCAAGCAGGCUUCAUGGGCCUUUUACUGAGAAGUGGCUUCUGUCUGGCCACUACCAUAAAGGUCUGAUUGGUGGAGUGCUGCAGAGAUGGAUGUCCUUCUGGAAGGUUCUCCCAUCUCCACAGAGGAACUCUGGGGCUCUGUCAGUGAUCAUUGGGUUCUUUGUCACCUCCCUGAACAAGGCCCUUCUCCCCCGAUUGCUCAGUCUGGCCGGGCGGCUUAGUAGUUCCAAACGUCUUCCAUUUUAAGAAUUAUGGAGGCCACUGUGUUCUUGGGAACCUUCAAUGCUGCAGAAAUGUUUCGGUACCCAGAUCUGUGCCUCGAUACAAUCGUGUCUCUGAGUUCUACAGACAAUUUCUUCGACCUCAUGGCUUGUUUUUUUGCUCAGAAAUGCACUGUCAACUGUGGGACCUUGUAUAGACAGGUUUGUACCUUUCCAAAUCAUGUCCAAUCAAUUGAAAUUAUCACAGGUGGACUCCAAUCAAUUUGUAGAAACAUCUCAAGGAUGUAAACAGGAUGCACCUGAGCUCAAUUUCGAGUCUCAUAGCAAAGGGUCUGAAUAAUUAUGUAUAUAAGGUUUCUGUUUAUUUCUUUUAUACAUUUGCACAAAAGUCUUUAAAAAAACAGUUUUCGCUUUGUCAUUAUGGGUUAUUGUGUGUAGAUUGAUGAGGAGAAAAAAUAUAAUUUAGUACAUUUUAGAAUAAGGCUGUAACGUAACAAUGUGGAAAAAGUCAAGGGUUCUGAAUACUUAUCUCAGUUGAUCUCACUUUCACAAAAGCAUACUUGAUUAUAUGCAUUUUAUUUACAUGUUUCGGUGAUUUCCAUUAAUUGGGAAAGUGUUGCUGCAAUGAACUUAGAGCAUAGUAUAUUUAAAAUCCGCUUGAGUAUGUUUUAUUUAAUUAAGUAUCUCUUACUAAUGCAAUUAAAUAGUAUUUUGACUUUGAUUGAUGAAAUGUAUGAAUAAGUAGAAAGGCGUUCUCCAGGAUCCCUUGAUAAACCAGUGACUGGGUUUAUCAAAGACUUCCCCACUGUAUUUUCUUUUUCUAUUGACCACUUUUUAUCUCUAUGGACCAGACUUGAAGAAUGUAUAUCAAGUAUUUAAUUGUAAUGAUUUAUAUAGUAUUAAAGAGUUUAUAAGUUGGCACUUGGACACUUGCUUUGAGCUAAGAGAAGAAUGUUAUUUUUCUGGUCUUUUAAAAGAGACUGAAUCAUUUUAGAGAUGAAAUGUAAGAAUGGGUCUAGGAGUCACUGUUUCACAAAGUAUCUCACGUUGCCAGUAGAAACAUGUCAUGAUCAGAUGUGUUUUGUGCCUUAUUAUUUUGAGUCAAAAGUAGCAAUUAGGUCUGCCUCAUGUCUGAUAUUAGAAGUUUCCUUGUUCUCAGAACUGAACAUCUGUGUGGAAUGUACUGUAUGGUUGGGUGGGCAGGGCAGUGGGGCUUAGUGGUGCGGUAGAACAUCUAGGUUUAACCACCUGACAACAGCCAACUGUCUGGAGUGAAUAGUUUCAUAGCUCAGCCCAGAGAUUUUAAGCUUUAACACCGAAUAAAACACAGGACUCAUUCAGGACUUCUACCAGCAAGCGCCAUUUGGAAAGUGUUUGUUAGUAUUGCCGAUAGGUUUGAUUGUCAACCUGUCAGUUGAUUGCACAGCUGUCCAUAGUGUGGUCAGCGAUAUCUACUUUCUGUUCCCUUCUUGAUUCCCCUUUCUCAGUUUAAAUUGUGAUCUGUAGCUUCAAUUUUGCUGAAGUUUACCGUUGAAACGUCUUAGUAAAAGCUUUUGUGUGUGUCCUUUCAAACUAUAUAAACCAGUGACCCGCAGUGUUUGGCAUUAUACCCCAAUGAAGACUGCUUGGCUGUCGAAACAUUGGUUCUAAAAUGAUUGCAUCGGAGCUCCUAGAGUGUGCGGCUCUCCUUUUAUUUUUUUAUAGCAAAAGUGAACACUUUACGGACUCAAAUGCUUUCUGACAAUUUUGCUUUCUAGAUAUAUUUCCUCCAGUUUUAAUUCUGUACACUCCUCCAUUAAGCACACCACACUACCUGGUCUCCUGUGUUGUUGAUGCCAGUUUAUUAGGCCUAUUAAGUGAAGUGUCAAAAGCAAGAUGCACAUGCUGUUCAUUGUUUUGUUAUAAUCUAAUUAUAAUUGGGAGUGACAAUUAGCAGAAAUUCUGUGCAAUUAUAAAUUAAAUAAACAUGUCUUAUAAUGUAUGUACAUAUCUAAAAGUUUGAUCUGGAGAUGACCUCCAUCUAGUAUUUUGCACUAUUGUAAUACCAUUGGGACCCUUCAACCUAAUAUGCUGAGAAGCUACACUUUAAGCCCCCUUUUUUACUAAUGGGGUUGCGUUCAUUCUUUUAAAGAUUGUAUAAAUGCUCUCCUGUCCAGAAUGAGAGGAGGCUGAAAGUUCAAUGAAAUGAAAGGACUGCAGUCCACCACAAGUGCUUUCCUCUUUUCUAACCAGUUUGUGUAGCUGUCCAUGAAAUAGUAACCGCAAUUUCCCUCAGUGCCACAAAGCCUUUUUGGGAUAUAUUGUUUCAUACCACAAAGUACAGUACUUGUAUGAGCUCAGUUAAAUCUGUCUCUUUGAGCUUUUGAUUGCUAUGGCUCUGUGCUAUUCAUUGCAGUUCUUCAUCAAAAUUAGAAAUACCUUGGUGUAAGUCAUGAGUCCCAUUUUGUUAAACCUGUUCGUAUCCCUUCAAUGUCAUCACCAUGGUUUGGUUUUUUGGUUGUUUGACUCUUGCACCCUAAACAAAAAAGUUUCCACUUUAUUUUUUAUUGAUGUUUUCCAGAAUUCAUCUUUUGAAAAAGUUAUCAUUUUGUGCAUAAUUUAGAAAAUGGGAUUCCAUUUUUUGUAAUAAACUGAUUUGUAAUCAA